CAGCGAUAACGAACGGCUGCAAAUGGUAAAUAAGAAAAUCCCGUUCAAAAUGCAGAGAAAUGUAGAGGAGUGGCUACAAGAAAAAGGCCGGCAGCUAACAAUCUUUAACACCCAGGCCACCAUCACGAUCGGUGGCUCUGACCGCAGACGGCCCUUCCAGGGCCAGCUCUCGGGGCUCUACUACAACGGCCUGAAGGUGCUCAACAUGGCCGCCCAGGGGAACCCCAACAUCCGCAUCAACGGCAGCGUGCGCCUGGUGGGGGACACCGGGGGGACACGCACCACCGCCCUCCCACCCGAGAUGUCCACCACCUUCAUCGAGACCACCACCACCAUGUCCACCACCACCACGAGGAAGCCUCGCUCACCCCCCACCAUACAGGUUCUGAAGGACAAAGACAAGCUGAAGCAGACCACGGAGGACAUUGUGUCAUCGGCAGAAUGUUCCAGCGAUGACGAGGACCUGGAGGAGUGCGACUCAGGCCAUGCAGGAGAAUUCAGUAUCCCAGUGCUUAUUGAGGACCCCCUAGAGUUCUCCCCUUUAGCCACACGCGCACCCUCCAUCCCCCUCCCCCCAACCCUCCGCCCCUUCCCCACCAUUCCUGAGACCACCAAAGAGUCCCUGUCCAUGGCAACUGAGGCGGGGGUACCUUGCUUGUCGGACGGAGGCAGCGAUGAUUGUGAUGAUGGCUUGGUGAUAUCUGGGUUUGGCUCUGGGGAAGCAUUCGACUCUAAACUCUCCCCUUCUGAUGAUGAAGAUUUUUACACCACCUUCUCCUUGGUAACAGAUAAGACCUUGUCCACGUCGGCUUUUGAAGGUGGCUACAAAGUUCACGCGCCUAAGUGGGACGCCAAGGACUUUAGACCUAACAAAGCCUUCGAAUCUGGUAGGACUACCACUACUACAACGGCCGCGUCUCUAAGCCCCAAGCUGAGUCGCGCUGGUGCAGGCGCAGGUGCGCCUGCGCCCCCUCCACCCGAGAAGCGACCCAAGCUGCCCGCGGGCAAAAUGAAUAACCGAGAUCUUAAGCCCCAGCCAGACGUAGUCUUGCUUCCGUUGCCCACGUCCUUUGAGGUAGACAGCACCAAGCUGAGGAGCUCGCUAAUAACCACCCCCAUGUUCCGCACUGUACCCACAGCAAUCCCCACGGAGCCGGGCGUCAGAAGGGUUCCGGGGGCCUCCGAGGUGGUCCGUGAAUCUAGCAGCACCACGGGGAUGGUCGUCGGGAUAGUUGCUGCUGCCGCUUUGUGCAUCCUUAUUCUCCUGUACGCUAUGUACAAGUACAGGAACAGGGACGAGGGAUCUUACCAGGUGGACGAGACCAGGAAUUACAUCACUAACUCAGCACAGUCAAACGGAGCCGUCAUGAAGGACAAACAGUCGAGUUCGAAAAGCAGCAACAAGAAACAGAAAAACAAGGACAAGGAGUAUUACGUGUGAAUGGCAAAGUGUUGCGUGCGAGAAAGAUAAAAGAAAGAGAGAGAGAGAGAGAGAGAGAGAGAGAGAGAGCAAAGACAUUUUAAAACAAUUCUAUCCUGUCGGGAGUUGCAAUUUUAAGAAAGGAAAGAAGUUUCUGCCAGAGCUGUGCUGAGACGUUGAACUAUGACAUGGACUGUAAUAUAAAGCACACUUACUAUUGUAAGAAUACCAAGAUGGUACAUAGAAACAUUAGUGACCUUAUUCUUCUAUUUGGUCAGAGACGUUAUCAGUGUAGAAUAUUUCACGGCAACAUCAUAAUCCUAAGUGACUUUUAGAGGUAUGUGAUCCAUGGCGUAAAUCUUGUUUUUGUAUUCCUGUACAAAAAAGGAGAAAAUUAUUUCGGCCAUUUCAAGCAUGUAAGUGACACAUAGUGCUGGCAAUUUUACAAGUGUGGGAUGAAAAAAGAGAGUAAUGAUAAGGACUCCUGCCAAAAAAAAAAAAAAAUCUAAUGAAACUUUGUAUUGUUUAUACAUUAUAUGUGAUGUCUGAUAUGAUUUGUUUGCUCUCUGCAAAAAUAAGAGAAAAAUGUAUUCAAUAAUACCAAGUUAGAAAGGACAGAUUAGUGGAACACUGUCACCCAAAAAAGAUUCUCUUAAUUGUAUGAUGACUGUAACUUUGGCCAUGUUGGUGGGGAGAGCUAGUUGGUGUCUCUCUUUGUCUCAGUAAAGCGACUGAUUGUAAAUGCAUGUCAUCUUUAAGCUACAGUAAACUGUGUUCAACUUGGCUUGAACAAAUCCACCAGACCAGACAGUGAAUCAUCAGAUGACUCUUUCGCCCUCAAAAGUGACAACAAGAAAAAGAAAAAGAAAAGAAAGAGUCCCUGGAAAAUAUCUAUUUUUCUUUGCUACCAGUGCUGGUCCUUUCUCAGUCGUAUGUGUGUUGGUCCAUCUUCUCUUGUUCUUUUUUAUGAAGCUGUAUGGUACAGGACUGGAACAGAACUAUAACACUGUUAAGGAUGUCUAUUCAGAAAUAAAUCCAAUGUGAAAAGUGUGAAUUCUAUCUGUUGUCACAGUCAACUGCGUCAUAAAAAAAAAAAAGGCUGAACAAAUUUGUUUACAUAUUUUAUGAAAUUAUAGCAGUUGUACCUUGUAGGUAGAUAUUGUAUAUAACACCUAUGUUACGUUUUUUCAGUAGUUCGGCUGAAAGAACAGACCUUUGAGCUUACUGUGUGUGUUUCAUGACAACACUCUUGAACUUUUACACAGAUGAAGACUUCAGUAUGAAUAAAAAGGAAAGACAUGCCCAUAAUUUCUGAGAAGAGUUGUGAGGAAUGCGAGGUUAGACAGCAAAGCUUUCUUGCAGACAUGUCUGACACGCAUGAAUAUGAAAUUGACUACAAACUUCAAAGACAAGACACCCUUCCUAACGGUGUGAAGUCACUGUUGUUGUCAGUCAUUUUUAUUCCAAUAAGAAUUGACAGAACUGAAAAUACAUGCAAACUAUUUGGGAUGCAAAGUGAUUUCAUACAUCAUAUUCUGCCAACACGCAGUGCUUAUUACCUCAACUUAGGACAAAACAACCUCCUGCUUCCUGCAUUCAUGUGUCGUGUCAAUCACUCAAGUCAUCUCUUUUUUUUAAUCAUUUAUGAAUAUACCUUAUUACUGUUACAUGUAUUGACAUUGCAUUACCGUUUGACUUUUUGCUAUCCAAUUUUUACUAUCUGUUUAUUUAAUUUUGUUGACUUUACACAUCAUGUUUGUUUACAUAUUUGUUUAGGUUUCAUUUAAAAACAGUUAUUUAAAUAAAGCAUUCCACAGAAAUUGUUUACAAGUUUGUCAUGAUCUCUUAGUAAGAGUUCUUGUGUAUAUCAUGAUUUGUUUGCUGGAGCCUUUUUGUUGGUUUGUUUGUUAGUUUGUCUGUUUGUUUAGUCCACAGGGGCAGCAUUCACUCUUACUUUUAUAUGUUCAUCAAUGUAAACCUGCAGUUUACAUUACAGUUGUGGUAAGAUAUAGAAUCUAUAGGUGGCAGGUGUAGAGUGUUUAGAAGCAAGAUGCAGAUUUUUUCUCAUCGAGACAACUUGUGAGAAUGUGACAGGUAGAAGUAUUUAGAGGUGGAUAUGGAAGCAUUAGCAAACAUUACCGAUAUUGGCCUGCUGACUUUGGUCAAACUCAGACGUGUCUUACCGUACUCAAACCGAGUAAGUCCGAUGAACCGGCCAGUAAACACUUAAAGCAGUGGUUCAUGGACGUUUGAGUUGUCAGGCCCUGAGAUCUGGCUGUCAGAUCAAACAUACUGUGAAUUCACGAUGGGAUGAGCACACUUACUCUAAAGAAGAGUAUAGACUUCAUUACACUCUUACCUCGAGAGACCAUCUCAUCUCCCAUGCGAAACCGAGUAUGCCAGGGAAGAACUCCAGUAAGGUAGAUGCUAGUUUUCCUCAAGGAAACGGACGGACAGAGUGGGAGUUUCGGCCUUACUAAAGUUAGAGGGCAACAAGCCCUUGCCUCCAACUGAUGACUGUUAUUUUUGUAUAAUUCAGAAUCUAGAGUAUUUAGAAAAAAAAAAUAGUUAUAGCUGUAUAGAUAUAAAUGAAUCGCCAUGCACUAUAAAGAGUCAUUCUAUGCUAUUGAGCCCUCUGUGACCAUUUCUUUUUAUAGGGUUGUGUGCUGAUGUUGCUUCCAAAUCUCCCAUACUUCGUUUUCUUGCAUUUCUUCAAGAAACAGUGCUGAUAACUGUAACAUUCUCUGCGUGGUGAAUUCUUGACAAUCAUGGCAUUAUCUCUUGAAUAUCUCUUAACAAAUGAUCAAUAUUUUUAUUUUCACUGCUGUCAUUGUUUUGUAUUGUUGGUUCGUUCAUUGUAAUCAGUUUUCCAGGCUGCUAUAGUAACUAUGUUAAAAUUGCAAUUGCAGCUUUACGUGGGUCAGCAAAAUAUAACCUUGUCAAGUGAAUGUCAGAUGUUAUACAAGGCAAGUAUUAAAUGCAUGUGCAAUAUGCUUAAUGCAGUGCUUUUAAAUGGAAACAAAUCAAGAUGAAAUAUAAUAAAUAUGUUUAUUCUUUCUUCUGA